AUGGCUGCCGUCUGUCAAAAUGCAUCGACCACUGGAGGUUACUGGACCAGUUCCGCUGGAAAUCAUUACCAACCAUACGAGUCAACAUAUCCAAUCUACCAUCACAAUCCACAACAACAACAACAGGCUAAUCAUAAUAAUAAUAAUGUUCAACAACAACAACUUCACCAAAUGCCAGUUGUAACACCCUAUUCACCGACUGUUUCUUUUGUGCCAUCGUAUCAACAACUAUCAACAACCUAUGGUCAACAACAACAACAACAACAACAUAAUUACCAACUACAAUUUGGAGAAUCUUCAUCAUCAUCAUCUUCAUCUUCAUCAUCUUCAACAUCAGAACAAACCAACUAUCCAUACAUGAAUUACCAAUACCAUCAUCAUCACCAUCAAUCACAUCUUCAACAUCCAAUGUUUUCUCAUAUCGGAGGACAUCCGAUUUCACCAGUGUUGACACAAAGUAGUAGUAUGGAAGACCUUUCCAUAUCCAACCAUUCAUCACCCAUCAUGAUGAACUUGAAUCCAAUGCAUUCAUCGAGUGACGAUUCAUACCAUUCACCAACAACAUUUCCAAUGAAGAGAAUGUUCCCUGGAGAUGAACCAAACCAACACGACAAUGACAAUGACUUUGAAGAUGACUCUUCCGAUGUUGACGACCAAGACCAUAUGGGCAUGGGCGGUGACCAAGACCAUCUUCAAGAGGAGAAUCUUAAAGUCUCCCUUUCCCCAUACAUUGAAAUGGUACUUCAAACUCCCAUUGCAUCCAUCAUUCUUCAAUUAAUUUCAGAGUGUCUUGGUGAUCAGAUAACAGUUAAAUCAAUGUUAUCAAAGAUUAAGAAUUUAUGUUUAGAAUAUAAAAUAGAAGAUAUAUACCAACAAUUAAUACAAACAUUUAUACAAUUUGAUGGAGAUGUUAGAAUGGUCAAUUAUCUGGUCGAGAGUGGAGUGGAUGAAGGUGACUUGGAAUUUGUAAAGGAGAUCGAGUUGAAGCAUAUUAGCGUCGACAAUUCACCAAAGAAACGUGAGAGAAAGCGCGAGAGUAUAAGUAGAGGUCUGCGAAGCCCACCCAACAAAUGGACCAAAGAGGAGAGUCAGACGUUGAUCAGACUAGUCACCGAGAAUGGCGACAAGCAGUGGAAAAAGAUCGCCGCACGUCUUGGAGGUGGAAAGACGGGUGCCCAAUGCGCCCAACAUUGGAAGCGUGUGCUUUCACCCGAGAUUAAAAAGGGGUCGUGGGACGAGGCCGAGGAAGAAACGCUGUUUGCAUUGGUCGAUAAACACGGACAGAGUUGGAAGAAUGUUGCGAUGGAGAUCAAGACACGUACCGAUAUUCAAUGUCGCUACCAGUACUUUAAGGCAACCAUGUCUAGACAGACAGCAUGGGUACAGGCAGAGAUCGAUAUCCUCACUAAAAAGGUUCGUCAACUCCUUCAAAUCGACGAAUCUAAAAUCUCAUUCCAACAAGUCGCCAAACAACUGGCACGUGCCAAAACAACCAAAAUCCCUCGAACCGCUUUAGAAUGUAAAUCAAAAUGGUUCGAGCUUCAACAAGGUACCGUCAACGCUAAUAUAGGCAAUGCCGUCCAACCCAACAACAACAACCCAUUAUUUUAUCAUGAUCCAUCUGGUCCUGCUGCAUUUACUUUUAAAUAA